GCCAGCUUCUGUGGCCGCCAUUUGUCUACUAGAAUUUGUCAAGAACGCGUCGUUUUUAGAAUUUAUAAAAGAAAAUUUUCUUCAAAUAAAAUGGAGCACUGCCGUACUCCAACGAACAUGAAAAACUACACCUUCAACCGCACUCCAACGAUGAAGGAGCGGCGAUGGAACACCCUGAAUGUGAGCAACACCAGCGUGCGCUGCUCCACGCCCAUAUUCGGGGACUUUCGAUCGCCCAAUCUCUCGCCGAUCGUGGGCAUGGGUUCGAAGAAAAGCCCGGUGUCGCGUUUCGAAGAAUUGAAGAAGCCGCCGAUUAAGCAUCUACAUCACCAUCAGAAGCGCAACCCCAAGAUGAUCAAGCGCAGCGAACUGAAGCCUCCGAUUUUCGUCCUGCCCCAGCCGCAGGAAGAGGUUAUGGAGCAGAAGCAACGGGAACUGGAACGGGAGAGGAAGAGCAACAGCAACAGCAGCCUGGAUAUCGGUUCGGAUGACUCUAAUUUGGAGACCUCCCUCACUGUGGAGUCACGUCGCCGCUCCGUCACAGCCUCCAAUCACUCGUAUGUGGUGAACCAUGCCCGCAACGUGGAGCAGGUCCUCGUGCACAUCGGCCUGGAGAGCUAUGUCCGUCACUUUGAGAAGGCCCACAUCGAUAUGGUGACCCUGGCCUCCAUGGGACGUGAUGAUCUGGCCAAAAUUGGCCUCAAGGCCGAUGAGGAUUGUAAUAAGAUUAUGGAUGCCAUCAAUGCUCUAUGAGUCUGUGGGAUAAAUAUUUUGAAAUGUGUUUUAUGUGAGGAGAGUUAUGUUAUGUUGGAUUUCGCGGAUUAAUAGUAGGAUUUUGAGAAAAUUAUUGUGAAAGACCUGGUGUCUCCGUAAUAUAUAUUUUGUUAGUUUAAGAAUAAAUGUAUCCCGAAAUGUUUUUUUUCAUCUAAAUAAUAUAAAAUAAUGUUUUUAAAAUAAUUCCAAAUAUGUUUUAUGUAAAGCUGGUCUCUAUUGUAAGCAAAAAACUAAAUAAAAAACAAAAAUUGUGGUCUUCAAAAA